AUUUGUUGGGGCUGUUGCUUGGACCCAAGGGGAGCUGUAAAAGCAGUGGGCACCCAGUGUGCUCUGCCACGCCGGCUGCGGGGAUCAUCGUUACCGCCGCGGUCAGAACCUCGGCAAAGGCUGGCCGUUUCGGGGCCCCGGGCGCGCGCCUGCGCACGCGCACCGGCGGCCAGGUUCACAAUAAAGGUGCUAAGAAGGAGAAUGUAAGACAGGAAAAGAAUUAAAUAUUUGACCGAGUCUCUUCAACAGACCACGUUUAAGAGGUGUCUCGUCCCCCGUUACCGGCGGCUGGAACACAAUGGAUCCCACAGGGGCACUGGACACCGAGGAUGAACUGGGCCCUUUAGCCCAUCUCGCCCCGAGUCCUCAGAGCGAAGCCGUUGCCCACGAAUUCCAGGAACUCUCCCUGCAGUCCAGUCAGUACCUACCCCCUCUGCACGAGCGGAAGAAUGGAAGUGUAGUCUUUGGGGAGUCAGGACUCCAGCCUCUUCUGCUGACUCAGUCCGUGAGCACGGUGCUCCAGCUGAGGCUGCAACAAAGGAGGACGCGAGAGCAACUAGUGGACCAGGGCAUCAUGCCACCUUUGAAGAGCCCAGCGGCAUUCCAUGAGCAGAUAAAAAGCUUGGAACGAGCCAGAACCGAAAACUUUUUGAAGCACAAGAUCAGGAGCCGGCCAGAUCGCUCUGAACUUGUCAGGAUGCACAUUUUAGAAGAAACGUUUGCAGAGCCGUCCCUGCAGGCCACUCAGAUGAAGUUGAAAAGAGCUCGUCUAGCCGAUGAUCUGAAUGAAAAGAUUGCACAAAGGCCUGGUCCUAUGGAGCUGGUGGAGAAGAACAUCCUGCCUGUCGACUCCAGUGUCAAGGAAGCAAUUAUAGGUGUUGGGAAGGAGGAGUAUCCCCAAACUCAGGGUGAUUUCUCAUUUGAUGAAGACAGCAGUGACGCUUUGUCUCCAGACCAGCCAGCCAGCCAGGAGUCGCAGGGGUCAGCCGCGUCCCCAAGUGAGCCAAAAGCGAAUGAGUCGCCAUCUCCUGCUACUGCAAACACUCCAGCCCAGUUUACUUCAGUGUCCCCAGCAGUUCCUGAAUUCUUGAAAACUCCCACUCCUGCGGAUCAGCCCCCCCCAAGGUCCACAGCUCCUGUGCUCCCCACAAACACUGUGUCCUCAGCAAAGCCUGGGCCAGCACUGGUGAAGCAAAGCCACCCCAAGAAUCCGAACGACAAGCACCGCAGCAAAAAGUGCAAAGACCCCAAACCCCGGGUGAAGAAGCUGAAGUACCACCAGUACAUUCCACCAGACCAGAAAGGCGAGAAGAGCGAGCCGCCGCUGGACUCCAACUACGCGCGCCUGCUCCAGCAGCAGCAGCUCUUCCUGCAGCUGCAGAUCCUGAGCCAGCAGCAGCAGCAGCACUACAACUACCAGACCAUCCUGCCCGCGCCACUCAAGCCACUCAAUGACAAAACUAACAACAGUGGGAAUUCGGCUUUGAACAAUACGACACCUAACGCAGCCAGACAGAACACAUGUGCUCCUGUGAGAAAGCCAGGACCCCUGCCUUCUAGCCUGGACGACUUAAAGGUAUCGGAACUGAAGACGGAGCUGAAGCUGAGGGGUCUUCCGGUGUCGGGCACCAAGCCCAACCUGAUCGAGCGCCUGAAACCCUUCCAGGAAGCGACCAGCAGCAGCGCUGCCACUGAUGGCAUCGUGGCGGUGUCCACAUCUGCCGUUGUCACCAGCAGCCCAGAAGUCACCAAGGCACUGCCAGUGACCGCACUGCACAGCUCUGUGACUAGUGCAGGCUCCACUUUCAAGGCAGAAUUGCCAUCCGCUGGCAGCAGCAGCACGGCCCACGUGGAAAAUGUUAGUUCGCCUCUGCCAAUCUCGCCGUCUCCCUCCGAGCAGUCCAGUCUCAGUGCCGAGGACACAAACAUGGCGGACACUUUCACCGAGAUUCUGACCAUGAUGUCCCCUUCCCAGUUCCUGUGCUCCUCUCCUUUGAGAGUGACGAGUAACGAGGACAGCCUGAGCCCCACCAGCAGCACUCUGUCCAGCCUGGAACUGGAUGCAGCUGAGAAGGACCGCAAGCUGCAGGAGAAAGAAAAGCAGAUCGAAGAGCUGAAGAGGAAACUGGAACAAGAGCAGAAGCUCGUGGAGGUUCUGAAAAUGCAACUGGAGGUUGAAAAACGAGGCCAGCAGCAGCAGCCGCGGCCCCUGGAGUGCCAGCCCAGCGCCCCAGGGAAUUCUGUCAGUAAGUUAGAGACGCAUGGCGCUGUGGCUUCCUCUGUCAAAGACGAGACGUCCUCGCUCAAUGACUGCUCCAGCCCCAGGCAGCCCGUCCCUGUCCCCGGAGCCAGCCACUCUGCAGCCCCGCCCGUCUCUGCAGGUGGCCAGACCCUCGGUGCCACAACAGCUGUCGUGAUCAAGCAGGAGGUGCCCGCGGCCCAGGCCGAGCAGCAGGCCAUCGUCCCGCAGUUCUACGUGAGUGCCCAGGGCCAGCCGCCGCCUGCCGUCGUCGCCCAGCCUCAGGCCUUGCUGGCCACGCAGACUGCUCAGCUGCUGCUGCCCGUGUCCAUCCAGGGCUCCAGCGUCACGUCGGUGCAGCUCCCCGUGGGCGGCCUCCAACUCCAGACUCCACCGCAAACAGGAAUCCAGACUCAGCCUCAGAUAGCGACCGCUGCUUUGUCCUCGGGCUUGGCCCAGACUGGGCCUCAGAAACAAGACCCAUUCAUGCCGCGUGUGCUCAGCCAGCCACAGCAGGUCAGAAAGGUGUUUGCAAAUUCGGUGGCCGCUCCUGUUGUCCCGUAUCAGCGACCACCCGCCCCAGCGGGCCCCCAGCCCUUCACUAACAAGGCCCCCAGCAGCGCUCUCCAGUCCAGAAGCGGGCCCCUGCCAGCCCUGCAGAAUGGGCUGAAGCCUCCCAGCAAGCCCAGUUCGCCCCCUCCACCCCAGCAGUUUGUUGUCCAGCACUCUCUGUUUGGGAGCCCCAUCCCCAAGACAAAAGACCCUCCCCGCUACGAGGAGGCCAUCAAGCAGACGCGCAGUGCCCAGUCCUCCCUCCCAGAGGUUUCCAGCGCCCACAGCCAGCAGAUGGACGACCUCUUUGACAUUCUCAUCAAGAGUGGAGAGAUUUCCCUCCCCAUAAAGGAAGAGCCUUCUCCUAUUUCCAAAAUGAGACCAGUGACAGCCAGCAUCACCACAAUGCCCGUCAGCACCGUGGUGUCCCGGCCACCACCUCAGGUGCAAAUGGCACCACCCAUAUCCUUAGAGCCUAUGAGCAGCUUAUCUGUCAGCUUAGAGAACCAACUGGAAGCUUUCUUGGAUGGAACUUUACCUUCAGCCAAUGAAAUUGCUCCACUACAAAGCAGCAGUGAAGACAGAGAGCCCUUCUCUCUGAUGCAGGACCUGCAGAACGAUCUGCUGAGUCACUCGAGCGUGCUGGACCAUUCGCACUCACCCAUGGAGACAUCCGAGGCCCAGUUUGCUGCGAGUACUCCCUGUCUGUCACUUGACCUUUCCGACUCAAACUUGGACAACAUGGAGUGGUUAGACAUCACGAUGCCCACCUCGUCGUCGGGCCUCACUCCUCUCAGCGCCACUGCGCCCAGCAUGUUCUCUGCUGACUUUCUAGAUCCCCAAGACCUACCGCUGCCAUGGGACUAACAUCACAGGCUUCUCGUCUCCCAGUUCAUGAGGUUUAAGAGGAUGAAUGUGAUUCUAGAAGGUCAGUUUAGAGACAGAUCCACUGUUGCAAUUAAAAUACAUUGUCACAGAAAGAACGGAUGGUCACAGCCUGGAAACCAAGUUGGAGACCAUUUCACUGGCUCCAGCAGUGAGUGUCUGCAACCUGGCACGGCUCCGGGCCUUCUGAAAAACCUCCGUCCAGGAAGACUCAUCUGUUUCUCCAGACUCCAAUAACAAAUGGAAAGUAUCUUAGAUAAAAACAUACAGAAGAGUCACGUGCACAGGAUAAGGACACGAGGGUUCUCUGGUAAUCAACUACAUUCAAACCUCUGGGGUCACUUUCGGGCUCUAACUGAAAGGCAGACGGCUCCACUCAAAGCAGCACGCCGGUUUUUAGGGCACAUGCAGUUCCCAGAAAGGGCCUGAGCCCGGCCCGGUGCACAGCCAGAGCCCCGCUGGUCGGCGCCAGCUUCCAGCUGAUGACUUUUGCUUCCAUUCAGAAACCAGUGUAAUUGUUUUGUGUUGCAGUUUAUUUUAUGAUUUUGGGAAUCUUACUUUAGAUUUCCAAAUUUAAAUUUAAAUGGAAGCUCUUUCACCAUAAGCAGACAAUGUCUACAAAAUACUGUCAUAAACAAUCCACUGUAAAAAGUCCAGGUCUAUUGAUAACACUGAAAAUUCUAUCCGCAACCCUCUGGGUUGAUCAGAUUGAUUUAAUGUGUAAAGAAGACAUUUGUAUGUCCACUCUGAAGUUGGGAUUUGUACAGCCUGUGUUGGGGUAAGGAAUUGGGUAUCCCCAGUGGCCCUAUUUCUCUCAAUAACGCGCAUUUUUCUAGAGUACUUGAGCCACGUGUAUUUCUGUAUUUAAAGAAUCACUGACUAGCUUUCAGGUAACCAGACCCAUCUCAAAGAACCAAGAAAAGGCUUUAGCGUAAAACACCUUUCUGAGCUGGAGAGUGGCAAAGCGAGGGCGAGGGAGAGCGUCCCAGGCCCAGUCCCAGGCUGGACUGUCACCAGGGUGGCCUCGGGCCCCAGCUCUGGCUGUCCCCUUCGCCAUCGCUUAUCCUGGUCACCAUUUGACAGGCUUGUAACUGGAUGUCAUGCCCGAGCUCUCACUAGAUUUUGAAAAACUGGAGGUUUUAUUAGUUAUUUUUUAUAUAGACCAAAAGUUACCACAUAAUUUGUUGAGUAGUUUAAGAAUUUUCUAAAAUGCCAACUAUCACAGAAUUUCCAAAAUAAUUUCAAAGUAGUCAUUUAAGUAUAUGACAAAAUGUAUAUAUAACUGAAAAAAAAAAAAAACUCUUUGUAUCUACCACAAAGUGUGGAGGUUCUUACUAAAUAUUGUUGUGCUCUCCACCUCACCUGUGUAAGCACUCGGGUCAGGCUGCUUUCUCUGGGUCAGUAAGUGGUGACCUCACAGUGAUGUGCAAAGACAACCUGACCUGGUAUUUGGAAAGAAUUUGUGAAUCAUUUCUGGGCUUGUUUUUGCCUAAGUGCUGAUCUGAUUUCAAAUUUGUAUUGCAGUUUGUAAAUUUCACUACAUGUAAGAAAAGUCCGUUUUCCCAGAAUUCAGUCGCCCAGAAACUGCAGCCCUGGUAACAAAACGCCGGUGAACGUUUCAAGGCAGAGGCGGUUGUGCUCAGUGUGCUCUGUGGUGAGCUCCGUGUCCCCGAAAA